AUGAUCGUAAACUAUUUGUUGGCAUGUUGGGAAAGCAUCAAACAGAAGAGGAUGUACAGAAUUUAUUCGCUCCAUACGGGCAAAUUGAAGAGUGUACUAUCCUACGGGAUCAGAAUGGAAUGAGUAAAGGCUGUGCUUUUAUUAAAUUCUCAACGAAUACAGAGGCGAUAAACGCUAUCGAUCAUUUGCAUAACAGUCAAACUAUGCAAGGUGCAUCUUCUCCAUUGGUUGUAAAAUUUGCUGACAAUGAAAAGGAACGUUUAGUUCGCCGACAUCAUCAACAACAACAGAAUACCGUAAAUGGAUCCUCUAAUCCAGCAUCUGCAGGAUAUGCUGGCAAUAAUAUGAAUCAUACUAUGACUAAUGGUCAGUUGAAUGCAUCGAAUAUAUCAAUGCAGCAGUAUACUGCACAACAAUCACUUCGUCCUUCUUGCACUAGUUAUACUGAUGCAUCGAAUAUGGCAGCUAUGGCAGCUGCAGUCGCCGCCUUCCAACAACAACAGCAGCAACCACUUGGCGCUGCCCCUGGCUAUUCAUUACAAUUUCCAAGUGGCCAGCUUACACCCGGUUUAAUGCCCUCUUCCAAUCCCAGUCCAGUUCCUAAUGGUAUACAGAAUUCCUCUGUCCAGUCUACCCAACACCAACAGCAGCAACAAGCCCAACAACAACAACAAAGUCAAAUGGCACAACAAACAGCAGCCUCGGCAUAUUUCAAUCCAAUGGCAGCGUUUAUGGCUGCAGCAGCUGCUAUGCAGUAUGCUAAUCCACAAUUAACCAACAUGAAUUCCUUGACCGAGAGUCAGGUGAAUCGUUCAACAACUAUCCCGUUACAAUUGAAUUCUAUGGUUAGCCAUCCAUCGAUUGCUGUUGCUCAGCAUAAUAAUAAUAACAAUAAUCCAUUGACAGGAACUAGUGGUGGUCAGGGAAUACCGAAUGCUGCAUUAGCCUCAUUGGCUACUGGUUGUCCUGCUGCUGCUGCCGCGGCCGCCGCCGCCGCUACGGCACUACAAAACAAUACUCUACCUCAAUGUUCAUUGUUUCCGUUGACUGAUAUGGCAACACUAGCUGCUCUUACACAAGUAGGUAAUGGCACUUUAAUGUCUGAUGCUAUGACAACAUCUGGUGUAUCCGUCGGUAAUGAAUUUCACAAUGCCCUUACCACUGGGUUACUCAUGUCUGCAUCACCAUCAACAGUAUCACCAAGUUUUGCCAGUAUUGGUAAUACUGUCACAGGAGGUCAACCUGUCUCAAUAACUUCAUCUGGUGCUGGCAAUAUUUUGGCUUCAUCACCUGGUAUGAUGACUCCAGCCGCAUCUACACCACCAACUGUCAGUCCAGGUUUGCUGACACCACAAACGUUAACCAACGAUCCAACAAGUUUGUAUGCAGCUGCUGUUGCACUACAGAAUUCAGCAACAGGUCAAACGAAUCCAAAUGCAUUACAAUUUCAACAACUACAUCCGUCAUUCGCUGCUGCCGCUGCCGCUCAAUCUGCGGCUUUAGCACAUGGUGGGAAUAAUGUGUUGAAUUCUUAUUUGACGGAGAAUGCAGCAUUACAGCAUGCUGCAGCGUUGGCCGCUGCUGCUGCAGCAGCAUCAGGACAAUCGUUUGUCAGUGAUCCCAUGCAUCAGUUGUAUGCUGGUCUUCAAGCCUAUGGUUUAGCUUAUCCUGCUGCAGGAGCCGCGUAUACCUCAUUCUCUAAUUUGCAUCAUCAAGCCUUGUCUAUGCCAGUUCAACAGAAAGAAGGUACCAGGGAACUCAUAUUGACAGGUCCUGAAGGGUGUAAUUUGUUCAUUUAUCAUUUACCACAAGAGUUUGGCGAUCAUGAAUUAGCUCAAAUGUUUAUGCCAUUCGGAACACUAAUCAGUGCAAAGGUGUAUGUUGAUCGUGUCACACUUCAAAGUAAAUGUUUCGGUUUUGUCAGUUUCGACAAUCAUACAAGUGCUCAGAAUGCAAUUCAAGCAAUGAAUGGUUUUCAAAUUGGCAUGAAACGAUUGAAAGUUCAACUGAAACGACCAAAAGAUAGUCGCAAACCCUACGGAAACAGUCACCAUUCAAACACCACCGCAACAGCCAACAGUAGUGCCAGCGGUAUGAAAAAAGGCAACUAG